AUGGUGUGUGCCAAGUGCGAAAAGACGCUGUCCAAGACAGCGACGACGGAUCCCUUUCGCAACCGCAACGCGGCCGGAUUUCUCGUGCCGAGUGGCUCGGCGGCACGGCCCGGCACUGCGCGCGGCGUAGGCGUGCCCGCGCCGGGCGGACGCAAGGUCGGCGAGAACAAGCUCCUGUCAAAGUCUGCGCGCUUCUCUCCCCUGGAUGCCAAGUGCAAGCUGUGCAAGCAGCGCGUGUCGCAGGAGCGCGCGGCCUACUGCCAGGCGUGCGCGUACAAAAAAGGGCUGUGUGCUAUCUGUGGCAAACAGAUCCUGGAUACCUCGCGCUACAAGCAGUCUUCAUAG